UCCCAGAUCCCUUUUGCAUGUAGUGUUGUCAAGCCAGGUGACACCCAUCCUAUAUCUGUGUAUUUCAUUUUUUCUACCUUUUGAAGACUUCUCAAGGAAAGAAAUCACAAAUUUUAUUCCUCUACCCUGGAGCUGAGAGAGCCAGCAUGGUGUAAUGGUGAAGCACGACAACUCUAAUUUGGAGAACUGGGUUUGAUUCCCUACUCCUCCACGUGAAGCCUGCUGAGUGACCUUGGGCCGGUCACAGGAGGCAGGUAAUGCCAAAAUGUCUUUUGCCUUGAAAACCCUACAGGGUCGCCAUGAAUCAGCUGUUACUCAAUGGCACUUUUCAACAUCAUUGCCCAACAAUUGAAACCAAUUACAAAGAUGGAUGAGGUUCCUAAGCAAUUCUUAGUUCUGUAGAAAAGGGAAUUUUGGUGGAAAGAGCCUUUUCCCAUCAGCACUGUACAGUCUAAGAACCUAUAAUCUAAUAUUUAUUUCACAGGAAGGAAAGUUUAACUAGUCAACCGUCACAGAAAGUGGUGGAUAAACCACCAGUCUGCUUGGGUAUUUGGGGUGGCAACGACCCUACAUGCACAUACCUAUACUCUGGGAUCCAACAUUUACCUAAUAAGAAAUAUGUACAUUUGAACAAUCAUUGCAAAGAAGCUUCCAUGGGCACAUCAGAAGAGAGUGAGGGGCACUUUUCUCAGUAUUAAAUAUUCAGAUUUGAGGUUAGGCCUAUUUAAAAUAACUUGGAUGUUUUAUGGUACAAAUGAUCUGACUGAACUGGCUUCCAGAUUCAUCAGGAAAGCUUACAAAGUACAUAUUGAGCAGUGGAGAGAGUAUAGGACCUAAACUCACUAACAGUUGCAUUUUCAGAGAUGCCUUAACUGUUAGACAUGCUUAAUAGUCUAACCUUCUGAGAUAAAUUAUUUUAGCUCCAGUAUGACAGGCAUCUGUGCUUAAAUUUUCUCUGAAGGAAACUACCUUUUAUCCACAGUGUAGCCAACAGUAUGGGCAACUUAUUAGGAGGACAUCACUGCCAACUUAUUAGGAGGACAGUGUAGAGAACUUAUUAGGAGGACAUCGCUGAGGGAAUGACAUGCAGGGCAAUGAAGAGGUAGAUUCAGUUCUGGACAUUACUUCACUUUUUUUUUAUAUCCCCACAAAUGGAAAACUAGCACAACAGAUAGAGGUUCGAUUCCUCUCCUCUUUGAUUGCUGAGCUGGUUUUCUAUUUCCAGGGGCUUUUCAAAAACAGGUGAGUGCUUCAAAAUGUGAUCCACCACCUGCAGCCAGAUGUGCUAUGUUAUCCCUUCUACCACUUUGGCAGUCUACCCCCUCAUUCUCUUGUUUGUGUUGAUUUGGCCCUAGUAGGAAGAGCAUUAGCAACUUCUGGGCUUUUCGAGUAGGACGGAGUUAUGCAAACAUAGUAAAAAUAGGCAUGCCUGCUGAUCCUCAGAUGGCCCAGCAGGGGCAGGCUGUAUCUCCUCCCGUUCAAUUGUCAGUGUUAGCCUGUUAAAGCGAACACUGCUGGGCAGCAGGCAGAGGAACCGAACCAGCAGAUGCUGUCUAAGAACUCUCUUGUGGAGGCUUACAGCUCCUGCGCCAACCCAGAGGAAACCUGGCGGAGGCCCCAGGAGAAGUGGAGAUGUCCCUUGGAGCUGUACAGCUUUACCUACUUCGAUGAAGACGACCAGCCAACAUAGCAGCAUUUGCACAGCUAACGUCACUGGCCCAUGGAUCAGGACCCCAUCCUGUCUUGUGACCAUCCCAAUGCUCCAAGAAAAAACAGAGCUAUGCAGAGAUGCCUGCGUUGCCCUUCUUCUUGGUCCUACUCCUCUGCCUACACAGUAGCCUCUCAUGCCCACAGGAGUGCGAUUGCCCCACGGGGAGCGGUGUGGUUUGGUGCAACCGGAGGCAGCUGAUGGCGAUCCCUCUUGACGUUCCUCGCAAUACCCAUGUACUUUACCUGGACUCUAACUGGAUCACCCAUGUGCCGAAUGGUGCCUUCCGUGGCCUGACGCAGCUCCAAGAACUCCACCUUGCGGACAAUCUAAUCGGAAACAUUGCCCCAGGGGCUUUUCGUGGGUUGGGGGGUACGCUGAGGCUACUGGAUCUUUCAGGCAACCAGCUGCAGACACUGGAGGUAGCUCCCUUUGUCACACUGGUGUGGGUCAAGCUCGAACUCUAUGACAACCCCUGGCACUGUGAUUGUUCCCUGCAGGAACUGAUGGAGGCACUUCCCUUGGACGCGGAGACAGUGGAUGACAUUGUGUGUGCCACCGCUCCAUGGGAGGAGUAUAUUGGCAAGCCCCUGGCCCAUUUGCUCCACAGUGGUAUCAACUUCUGCGUCAGCCAGCAAAGGAACACUGACCUGGCUAUGCUUCUCACCAUGUUUUGUUGGUUCACUGUAGUCAUCACUUACAUAAUCUACUACGUCCGACGCAACCAGGCUGAAUCCAAACGCCACCUAGAAUAUCUCAAAUCCCUG